AGAACCAGCAGAGGACAGCGCUGUAUUUACACACCGUCACCGUAAUCCGUCAAAAACUCUACAGCAGUGUUUAUAUGGGCCCAACUUGACGUUUGAUCGGAAUUGUUUUGAUCAUUGCCAAGCUGCAUCACUCAGGAAAUCACCAGAAAGUGUUAGAAAAUACUAUACUUACAUAUCUGGCUUUAAGUCCGACGUAAGACAUGAAGAAAUACAGAGAGCAAUGGAGAGUAGAUUCUGUGUUUUGAGCGACACCGAAGACCUCCAAACGCUAAUUUCAAACACUGAGAACAAUCUCCACUUCGAAAGAUCUAAGACACUGUUUGAAGAAAUCCGUGCCUCCAUCAACAACAAUGACGAAGAGGACCACUCCUUCUGGAGGCCUGUGCUGCCUUGGGGGGGCGUCUUCGCCAUUAAGGCAGGACGGAAAGCCAUAUCAUGCACCCCUUUGUACGUCAAAAUCAACCUAAAAAACACCUGCACCAUCGAUGGCUUCCUUAUGAUCCUGUAUGUGAUUCUGCGGGACAACCAGGGCUUUCCCAGGGAGCUGGCUGUCUUCCUGGGCAAGCACUUUGUGGAGUAUUUCCUCUCCCUGAUGGACUCCUGUGACUACACCACAGUGAAGAUGCUGUGGAUCUGGGACAGGAUGUCUAAAAGACAGUACCGCUCUAAGAUCCACCAGGCAGCACUAGAGAUUGACCUGUUUGGUAACGAGCAUGAGAACUUCACAGAGAACCUGGAGAACCUAAUGUCGACUAUUCAGGAGAGUCUGUGCACCAACUGGAACUGCCCGGCCCACUUCCAGGAGUUCAUCAAGACUACAAUCAACAUCAGCCCUCCUCAUGAGCUGCCUCACAGAGACCCCAUUCAGUCGGCCGUGGACGAGUUCUUCUGCCCCAAACUCCUACUCUGCUCAGAGCUGGGGUGUGAUGGUCUAAGGGAGUUCUCUCAGAGGGUUUUCUGCCAUGGACCCCCACCCUUUGUCAUUCUCAACAUGCAGCAGUGGAAGUCAGAAGAGCUGUCCUAUGUCCCUUACCAUCUGGCUCUUUGCCAACACAGAUACUUACUAGAGGGUGCCACGCUCUUCAACAAGGUGGAGCAUCACUACUCUGCAGCCUUCCAGAUAGAUGGCUGCUGGAUGCACUAUGACGGUCUGAGGAGUGACAAUCUGAUCCUGUUACACAAGCCCCCAGAGCUCCUGCUGCUGUCCUCUCUGGUCUACAUCCGUGCCUCUGACAAGUGAACUUAUGUUUCUCACAAGUGGAUACACAGAUGAGCAGGCAUUCAUUCAUCCAGCCUUCCUGCGAUUAUUUUGUCAUAACCCCAUGGAUGGCAUUACAUUACUGUAAUCGUGUUUCUCUACUUAACGCAUCAUUCGUUUUUCUUCUUCCUGUCAGCUGUUGCUUUCUCUGUUACCUGUAAAAUAGUUGCAUGACACAUGCUCCAUUUCACCUGAAUGCUUGCAGAACGAUUACUGUGCAAAAUGGAAAUUACUUCUCUUUGGGCAUGCUUGGAAUCCAAGAAUAUAAUGGACUAUAAUAGUUCUGGGUUGAUAUGCAUAGUAGCAGUGAGUAAUACACAUCGUAUGCAUAUACAGUUACCCGACAAACAGGGAGAUUGAUAUGAUUUUAAAAACUCCAUGGUUAAUUUACACUCUGAGGGUGCAUUUGCUCUUAAUCAGCCUUGAAUAGAUGACAUUGACUGUAUACCACAUUUCCAUCAAAAUUGCUAGUGUACAAUUUUGGCAGUAUAAUUUUACAUUCAUGCAGAUCAGCCCUUUCGUUAAAUUAAAUUGGUGCUAUUUCUAUUGUCACAUGUGGUCUGAACGGAUAAGAAACAACCAAACAAAGCCAACGCCUAUGUCAGGUUAACUUUUUUGUUAGGAUGCUUAAAUUGGAGGCAAGCGUUUAAUACGAUGAGUGAAUGAAUGUAAAAAAUACCAAGUUCUUAGAUGAUAUAAGGUUGAGGGCAGCCUCUUUUCUGAACUACAAGUUUAAAUAUUACUGUCCAUACCAACAAAUUGAAGCACUUUAACACUAGCUCAGCACACAUUGCAGUCACAACAGGUAAUGUCUAAUUACAUUUUUCUUUUUUUAACCUUAAAGAAUAACUGGUAUCACACAGUGCCUCUGCCAAGGUAGGUUUACGAAAGUGAAUCCUUUCGAGUAUAAAACCUUGAUCAUGAUCAGUUGUCAAUUGCUGUUUUUCUAUGCAGAAUACAAAUACAAAUAUUUUGGAGUACACUGGUAUUGAUUUAUUUGUGUUGCACUUGCAUUGCAUGGAUGUGUAAAACAAGAGCCACAUAAAAGCAGACAGUACCUUUUAAGGCAGGCAUUUAUUUUAAACUGGGUACAACUGCACCACACAAACAGACUAAAAUGUAUGUAAAAUGUCUUCAAUCAAAACAUGAUAAAAUGUGAAAAGCUACUGUUUCUACACUUAAGGUUAUCUUGUACUUCCAGUAUUAAUCCACAGGAUAGAAAAUUCAAGAUCAUCACCUUUACUCCAGACACACAAUGGGAAAUGUAAAAGAAGCAGAGUGGUCAUUUGGCUAACAUUGACAUCAGUUUCAAAGAAUUUUUCUUUCAGACACAAACAGUGGCAGUCCAUUGCAGACCAAGGUGUUAGUCAUCCAUCUGCUUUCUUUGAACAAGCACUUUGGUGAGAGUGGUGGCAAAAACAUGACAUUGGUUAGGCCAUAAUGAAAAUGCAUACAAACUUGAUUUUAACAUCCCUUCUUUUUGCAGAUUAACGUUUGCAGAUUUUCUUCAGAGUCUCUCCAAAAUUGAUUAAAGCAGUAGUUAAUAUACACCUCAGAAAUCAUGACACUGUACAUAACAUUGAUGCUAGAGGAAUCAUGGCUGUAGCACAUAAUUACGCCUGCGUGAUUUGUGCCAUGGCUGUUAUGUGACAAACAAAAUCUAGUACAAUACAGAAUUAGCAAACAAAAUCAGGUUACACAACAUAAAUAAUACAAAUUAUAAAUACAAAAAAGUAAUUCACAUCUUUCUAAAAAAAAAAGAUAUUUGCAGAAAUACGCUUGGCUUGCUUAUGCCUUUUAAAAGUAAAAGGAAAGUACUCUAUAUAGUGAUGCAACAAAUUAAAUGUCUCACCAAUGAAAUGUCAUUAAAGUCCUCAUUUGUAGUAAUGGUUUCCCUUAUUUCACAAACGCAUGAAGUUCGGAGUACAAGUGGAAGAGCACACGUCCUGUUUAACAGGUAACGGUUUUACAAGACUUAUGUGGUGAAAGGGCUGAAUUGUUU